CCUGCACGCGCACCUUCUGAAGCGGCAGCGCAUGCUCUGCUUCCCCAGCGCUACCAUGAUCUGCCAGACGUCUCUGCUCCUCUUCAGCUUCAUGUGGGUUUUUGUGCUUCAAGACGUUACUGUUGCAAUUACGUGUAGAGCAGGUCAGAAGGUCAGCAUAGACAGGACGCAGUGUAUUAAUUGCCCUGAGGGGCAAUACCGUUCUAAACCUGGAGACUCUGUGGAGUGUCUGAACUGCAGGCCUUGCGGAAAGUACAGUAUGCAAAUUGCUGUCUGCACACCAAUCAGCAAUGCUCAGUGUAAGUGCUCUGAGGGCUUUACCAAUAUGGAUAAACAUCAUGAAGUGUGCCGGUGCCAACCAGGAUCAGGAUUAAAGAACACAGGAAAUGGGAAAGAAAUUUGCAAGCCAUGCCCACCUGGAACAUUUACCAACAAGUAUAACAGCUGGUGUGAACCGUGGAAAAAGUGUGAUCAGGGUGGGGUGGCGACUGCAGGAACUAACAUAUCUGAUGUUGUCUGCAAAAAUCAAGCAACACCUGAUGAGACAAGAGCAACAACUCCCCCCUCCUCCACUGUCCUAGUGCCCCAGACAUCUGCCAACACUUCUACCACGGCUUCAACCACAACACAAACUAGCAAGAGCAUCAUAACCCCAAGCUCUGGGCCCCUCAACGGCAGGCAGCAUGGCCUGUGGGUGGCCGUAUCACUGGGCAGCAUUCUGGCUUUCAUCCUGAUACAGUUCGUGAUCAUCAAGAUGAAAAUGACCACCUGCUUUCACAAAAAUAAGAAAGAGAUAGUUCGACAAGACAGUGCAUGUACGAAGCCGGUGGAGGAAUCUGGAGAGAAGUUCCUUUCCGUCUAAUCCCCAAAUCAUCCUCAUAUUCACGCUGAAAACAUGCGCCAGGCAGUCAUUGAUGUUCUUUUGAUUAAAAUCAGCAGUAGGUAUCAUAUACCAGUGUAUAUGCAGUGUUUUAACUGUAUACUUUAAAUUGCUUUACCAUCUUAUGUCAUGAAAGAAGGCUGCUGUGCGCACUGUUCCAUUACUUGCGGAAACCGAAACCAGUGACAUAAUCAUCAGAUAUCAGACGCCCCGUCAGCUUAGUUGUCCCAGAACUUUUUUUUGUUGUUGUUGUUGUUGUUUUCUUUCUUAGUUCUAAAUCACUGUUCCAUCCUACUGUUUCCAUUGCAAACUGUUCUGAGGUUAAAGGUGGGCAAUAUGACAAUAUUUAUUUAUUGUUUUUGCGAUAAAUUACGUCGAUUUUGUCAGCAUAGCGUGGAUAUCGUCAUUACUCAAGAGGAAUUUCACCGAUUUCUCAAAACGUCCUCAUAAUUAAAUGGUUAAGAACUAAAUGGAGUCAUUCAGAGUGUUUUGGUGUGAAAUGCUUAGUUCUUACAGAGUCAGAAUAGUUCGCAGUGGUGGUGAUAGGAACCAGACGUCUGAAGUGUUUAAAUGCCUCUAAAAGCUCCCUCACAGAGAGUUAUUGUAUGAAUGCGCUGCUUUGUUUUAUGACUGGUUUUAAGGUUUUUUUUUAGACGUUUUUAAAUCUUUUUUAAAAGGUGGAAAACUUUUUUGGGGGGAUUUUCCACUAUUUUACCAUUAUCAACUAUGCAUAUAAAUGGUUAAGUGGUCAUUUUGGAUAGUAAAUAAAAUGGCUGUAUUUGCACAACCCCUGGUUCCUAUUAGCACUGCUGUCCCUGAACCAUUGAAAUCUCUGAACCAUUGAAAUCUCUGAACCAUUGAAAAAUCCCUGAACCAUUUCACAUCAAACCACUCUGAAUGGCUUUGUUUACAUCUCAACCACUGAAUCAUGCAGACCUUAUUUUAACAAAAGCUGCUGGAAUUUCCCUCGAAAGAACAAUUUAAUGUUUCAUUUCAAAGCGCUUCACUUAGUGCUGUGCAGUAUAUGAAACACUGAAUACAAACCACUAUGAUCGUUUUUGAUCAUGUAAUUUAAAUGUGUUACAUUUUUGUUCCAACUUAUCAAAGCUCAGAAAAACUAAACAUCCUGAAGCAUGUCGCGUAUCGUGAAACUGUCUUGUCGUGAUGUUCUGUUUCUGCCAUAUGGUUCACCCCUUGCCGAGGGAUGGACAGACAUGAGCGGACGUUGUCGUUUUUGUAUGAUGUAGUUAUAGUGAUUGUGUCUUACAGGCACUGAAGUACCAUCAAGAAAUGAUGGCAGGAUAUCAGACUGUAUAUUUUGUAUCUUUUAUUGUCUCCUUUGUUUUUAUUAAGUUUUUUUGUUAUGCUUUUAUUCUACUUUAAUGUCACUAUAAAUGCCUAAGAUGUGUAGCCUUCAUUACGACUGCAAAUGCAUGGAGAAGCACCUUUGAGACCACAGAAGAGGGAUGUCAGCGCGGUGAAAUGACAUUUUGCGGGUGUUUCCGAGGUGCCCUACUGUUCUUUAUUGUUCUUCAUACACGAAACCAGCCAGUGACUCAUGAGCUCCUGAGAUAACCAAAACCAAACCUGGAUAAUGUGAGAUUGUUCUCAUAGUGUGGGCCCAGCACAACAUCUGAGAAGAUUUUUCCGUGUUUUUUUUUUAUCUUUUAUCUUUUAUUUCUUUAAACUGACAGUUAGAAUGAAAGGCUUUCAUUGAAGAACUUUAGCUGAAGAAUAAAAAAACUGGGAAGGCCUUUUAUUGUUUGUAUUUCUUAUCACCACUCAGCCAAGCGCUGACUCUACGCCUCUACAGCAAAAUGACUUCUGGGGAACAGUGGGUGGCGCAGUGCUCCAUAACUACAGGUAUUGCCCCCUCCUACAGGGAAAUUUUUUUUUUCCCUGAGAGUACGUUCACUUCCUCCCUCUCUCAGAAAGGUAGACGAGUGUGGUCGAAAGAAGGCGAUAAUGUUUUCAGUGCAGUUUUCCUCCCAUGCUUGUUCACGUAAUGAAGAAUGGCACGUUCUCAUGACAAAACGUGAAUGAAUGUUGGCUUCUUUUACAAGUUUUGAAGACGAGAAUACGAAGGAAUAGUGAAGAAAAUAGUUUUGAAAUGCUUGUUUAUGACAAGAAUGACGUGGAUACUGUUAGUGACAAUGUCCUGUUUCUUUCUUUAAUGUUGUUCAUUGCUGAAAUAUGAAAGCAUUCUGAAUAUUAUAAAUAAAACUUUGACCUAUUUAUGGUCAGUCCACAUUUUAAAACAACAUCUUUUGGUGUCGGAGAAGGCUUUGCUGUCCAGGUCAAUUUUAGCCCCCUAACAUGC